AUGCUGACAUUGUAGCGAAUGUUUACGGAUAUGCCCACAAGCGAAUGCGAAAAAAAAGCAUAAAAACACUGCUAUCAGUUUGGCAAGCAACUUGUACGGUGUACGGAUGGACGGAUGUCAUCGGCAGUUUUGUCCUUGUCGUUUUGUGCUGUUUGUACCUCACCGCCAGCGCAAACGUGAACGAGCAGUGCCAAAGGGAGGGAGUGUUUCUUCUGCGCUCUUGGAAAAUUUGUAAUACCCAGAAGUUUGGAUAGCCAUUAGUUAUUGGAUCAAUUUUGAAGGAACAUGGAAGGUGUAUUGAUAUUCGACCAGAGCAAUGAUUUGCUGUAUAAGAAUUUCAACGAUGCAAUGCGUGCCAAAAUGAGGAAACAUGCGAUAGACCUAGGACUGAUAGAGGAUGAUCGAAGGGACCCGCGCAAGGAUCUCGACAACAAUGUGUUGAUCCAAAUUUUUAGCCCUUUGAUAGCCUCCCAGCGAAUAAUGAUGUGCCAAUUUGAUAACGCGUAUACAUCAAUACAAAUGGAGAAUAACUUGAAUCUAGUCUUUGAUGAGUUUUUGGGAUAUCUAUUCAUACAAAUAAGCACCAAGGAGGUUGAUCUUUUGAGACGAGAGUUGGGUGUUUGCAUCUGUCUACUCAAACACAUUUGUGGGCCAAUUAUACACACAAUAAAAACUGAUAAGAAAAAGUCCUUGCUAUUAACUGCUCUAAUCAGUACUUAUCGCAAACUAUUCCAAGCGAAUCAAGGCGUUCUGGUGGAGGCCGUCGAGCAGCUCCUGGUGAACGCCGACGUCAAGAACACGGUGGUAUUCGCACUGCAAGCCGCAACGGAAAAGCUGAAACAGGAUCCACAUUCCCAGCGGAGCCAUUCGAUCAUGUUUGUGGAAAACAAGUACCUGUCACUUUAUAGCAGCCGCCAGGCGCAAGAGCUGUCUCCCGCAGAUAUGUUGUUUCUGAACAUCCUGUGCCAAAGCGUAGAUCGAAGAGACCAAUCUAAGAGAACAGAAUCAUAUGUGAUUUUCCUGCAGGGAUGCUCUAAUCAAACGACAUCCGGUUGCAUUCCACACAUUGUGCAUAUCGUGAAGCUGUUUGACGACGUGUUUCUGGUUCUGCUGAUCGAACACGGCAACAUAGUCCUGUCGGGUCAUUUGUAUGACGUGUUUUUUGCUCUUCACAAGCUUCAGAGCAUACAGAUGCAAAUGGACGUCGAUAAUUUACGGCCUGCUUUCGAUAGUCUGGAAAGCCAUGUAAAGUACUCGUUCGAUUCGUUGAAGAAGCUGAAACACAAUAGUCCGGAUGCUGAUGAAGCUAUUAGGAAUUUCACUGCCAAGUGGGAUAACAUCCGAAAGCGUUACAGCGAGUAUUUCAAAAACCCCGAUAACGCUCUGAUCGUAAAGCUGGAUUCUAACAUGCCACUGUUCGUGGAGGCGGUCAAGGAGGCUUUUGGGUUGCUGUGUGCCGAAUGUGCCACCCUGGAGCACGGUUUGCAGCGAGUAUCGGAUAUAGCCGAUAUGGUCGAGGAGAAGCUUACCGAGGUGUUCAACUUUUUGCAGGUCAAGUCGCAGAAGAACUUUAGCAUGGGAUCAUAUUUGGAGGACUUUCCAGGAUUGGUGCAUUUUAUACACAUAGAUCGAUACAAUGGCAGAAUUGUUGCGCCGGGGCUGGACCAAGAUGACUCUACCAAUGUGCUGAAGGAAAGGAUUUGGUCAAUGGUCGAGAUGUCUCGGACGUAUCUACACAGGGGGCACAUGUCGAUGAUCUGGAAGGACACGACCUUCAGCUACGGUUAUUUUCUAUGGUUCGAGGACGCGAACGGAACCGCCUUGAAGCCCAAGGAAUUCCCCGAUUUCUCGGCGGUCUCCACCAAACCACAGCUUAUCGUGGGCAUUUUGGCUGGAGACUAUUAUCAACGACUGAUAGAAACAUGCUUGCCGAAGACAUCGCCAGGAAAGGUUCGCUGCUAUGAGCUUUUCUGCGUUCAUCUGGGUCUGGUGACCCCAACCAAUGUAUUGGAACACUGCAGGCGACUUGCGGUCACUAUCACCGACCUAACCGGAUGUGGUGGUAAUCCUAUCGAUUUAUUGUAAGUGUAACCCGAUACAAGUAAGUUUGCAGAGAGAGACAGAAUUUUGUGUUGACAUCUCAAAGAAAUAAUCUAAUCAACAUGCAUCUUCUAUGUGAAAUGUGAAAUGGUGAAAUGGUCGCUUCAAUGAAUGUUAGAUUUACUGUACUCAUAAUUUUCAAUAUUGAUACAGAGAAGAUAAAGCGAUUUUGGUAUUGUAAAACAUUCCAUCGAUUAUAGGUUGCGUUGAACUGAAACUUGAACAUAUUUUAAAGUGUAGAACACAUUGCAUGGGGAUGGCGUUUUAUCGUUUACAUCUUAUUGAAUUUACGCAAAACAUUCCAUUAAUUAGCAGUUAGAAAUUAUCAUUCUUGCAUUCCAUUCUAAAACGUACUUAAAAUUUCAAAAAUGCAAAAUUUGGUCUUUGAACUAAGAUUACUGAAAUAUAUUUGUUUAUUGAUUGUGAUAUGAAUUCGUUCGGUAUUUUUAGGUAACAUAACUAAUAAUUUUUGUCAAAU